AUGCAUAUUGGAGUGGUUGCAACCGCAUCACAUGUUGUAUCAAUUCAAACCCGGUUUGAAGUUUACUACAAGCCAAGGACAAGUCCGUUCAUCAUAGGGUUAAACAAGUAUAUACAAGCUGUAAACAAUGGGUUUACUGUUGGCAUGAGAUUCAAUAUGAGGUUUGAGGGCGAGGAUUCUCCGGAAAGAAGGUUUACAGGCACAAUAGUUGGAGUUGAAGACAUAUCUAUUCAAUGUAACUGUUCUAAGUGUCGCUCUUUAAAGGUUCAAUGGGAUGAACCUGCAUCUCUCACGAGACCUGAAAGAGUUUCUCCAUGGGAGAUAGAAACUUUUGUUGCUCCUGUUCCCACAAGUAUACCUCAACCAGUUGCACCAAAAACCAAGAGGCCUAGACCUCCAAUGGAGAUCCCUAAUCUUGAGCCUACAUGUUCAACAGUAUCAAUUGUUUGGAACCCUUCACAUGAUUCAUCCCAGUUAAGCUGUACCCCUAAAGGGCAAAGAGUUGAUAAAAACAGAUGUCUUUUAAGGACUCAAAUGGAGAUCCCUAAUAUUGAGAAACCACAAGCACCACAGUCCUCCAUUGAAGGAGGACAGGUGGCAAGGACAUUAUCAACUGUAAUAUCAGACAAAGAACAAGAAAAGUUGCAUGUGUCCCCAAAAGAAGUUCAAAGAAAACAAACCACUUGUACUACACGUAGUCGUACCAAGCUAAGUAGCAAAGAUGAACCGAAAUUGUUGCGAGCAUCUGAUGUACGAGUCUCCUCUGUUUACCGUGAGACUGACCAACCUAGCAAGCUACAGAUCCGUGAUGAAGUCACAAAAUGGUCAUUUCCUGUUCAAAUUGAGAAGGAAGACACCAUAUUUCUUGUUUCGAAGAAGGAAGAUGGCACUCAUGAAAUUUUAAGGACUGAAAUUCGAGGUUAUGAAGAGGGAUCACGUUUCAUUGUUGUAAUCUGUCGUGGACCAAGAUAUGGCCCCAUUAGGAUUGAAAACAGAACAGCUAGCAAAGUUGUUAGAAUUCGGUUGUCUGUUCCUUGCCCUUUAAAGAAUAUACACAUCCUCAUGAGGUACCUUAAUCUUGGAGUGAAGUUGCCUAAAGAAUCGUUGAAGCCAAAUAUGGCUCCUAAAAUCUAUAUAGAUUAUGCUAUUAAUGCUCAAGAAUUGGAACGUGGAGACUCUGCAGACAUUAAGAUCAUUCGUGUUGGAUUUCAUCUAGUAUCAUUGGAACUGAGUCUUGGCAUCAUUAAGAAGACUUUUGUUGAUAUAUAUUAUGGUGACAUGCAGGUGAAUGUAUUGGUUGAUUUUCCAACUGUGACCUCCAACCGUAAAAGGAUAUAUGAAUCGAAAAAGAAGCAGAAGGCUCAGGAUCAGAAGGAACUUGAUAUGGAUAACACCAAAGAUUCUAUUUCCGAGAAAGUUGGCUUGAAGAAACAAAAAGAGACACUAGAUGUAUCUGAUCUGGGAGAGGAAGGUGUUGUAUGGGACAUAUUUAGGAGGGAUGAUACUCCUAAACUGCAUGAAUAUCUCAAAAAACACUUCAAAGAGUUUAAAGAUGACUUUGGUCGUCCACUACAACAGCGUCAGAAUCCUAAAUGGUAA